AUGGACUAUUCUGUGCAGGGUCCUCAGGUACGAAAUGCACUUGACCGACUUCUGGUUAAGGUCUCCUGCGAUCAAUGGCGGGAAUUCCGGGGAUUCCACAACCACAACAGCGGGACCUUCUCGAAAUGGUCCCGCGAGAUGGAUCGUAUUAAGGGUUGGCUUCAUGAGAUGGAAGGGAGUGAGAAAUCAUCCAAACGAGAGCUGCUGUCCACCCGGAAGCACAUUGAAGAAGCCGCAGAGUUUGCAGCUCGACCGUCUCGUGAACUGGAGGACUAUAAUAUCUCGACCGUUCCGUACCUUGGUUCUCGUCCAAUUUCGACACUUAACGUGAGCAAAGAGAUGCGACCAGAGAAGCAAGGGUGGCUGUAUUUGCGCACAUUGUCAGGAAAGCCCACUCGCACUGUUUGGGUCAAGCGGUGGGCUUUUCUCAAACACGGCAUAUUUGGGUGUCUUGUACAGGGCUCUCGUACUGGUGGCGUCGAAGAGAGUGAACGAAUCGGUGUACUGCUUUGUAGUAUUCGUCCUGCAUUCCAAGAGGAACGUCGGUUUUGCUUCCAAGUGAAGACCAAGAACAACACAAUUCUGCUGCAGGCGGAUAACCAAAAGGAGCUGAUGGAAUGGAUUGGUGCCUUCGAGGCGGCCAAACAGAAAGCGUUGGAAAACCCCGCAAGCACUGAUCUUUCGGUUUCUGGAAAAGUCACAGUUCAAGACCCUGCAUUUUCAAUUUCUCAACCUCCGGCUAUCGAGUUCGCUGCAGAUCCUGCAGACUCUCUUACCCCCCAUACGAACGAUGAGGCCGGCGCGGGAGAUCGCAGUAUGACGCUUCCUGUUCCAGAUCGUGAUGGACAUAUCAUGAGAAAUAGUACCGACAUUGGAAGCGGCAGAAGACCCACAGGCUUGGAUAAUGAGAGCUCUGCAAGAGAACAUGCAAGAGAGCAUACCUCUAGACUCAUCCAAAAGUUGGAUCUUCACCGCAAAUCGAACAAUGCGGCUCCAAUAUCUCCUUCCAUCCCCGGCCCUGCAGGCGGAAUAGCCAGUCUCAUCUCUGCCAGCCAUAAUAUUCUCCCUUACAGCAACACCGGUCCAAUCAACGUGAAUGCCGGUGACAAACGAGGUCGCAGUUUAAGCAACGUGGAUGAGCCUGGUUCAAGUCUUGCACCUGCCACGCUCGCCAAUCCCCCGGCACCCACAAGCAUGAGCAAGGCGGUAGUUGUUGUGAGCAAUGAAAGAGGUAUUGGAUUAGGUGUCUCUGAUAGCACGGGUGGCAUGCCCAGUGGCAUGAUGGCGAACCUAUGGGGUAGCUCUAACUGGGGUUUCAUGAACAAGCUUCAACGGGAACAACGCCAGAUCGAUGGAGUAUCUGAUGACACCUCAGAAGGCCGGCCGUCUUCCACCUUGAGCGACCACACGAUUGCUGCACAGCCCGAUGCAUCGGGUGCUUUAGCGGCCCCUCGACAGCCAUCAGGUCCACGCCACAGGCAGACAGUAAGCCUUGAUGGAGAUGAUGUUAAGCUCACGCAAGUUGCACUUGGUAUCGGGCAUGAAUAUCCCAGCUAUUAUCCUCAACAAUUGAAGAUUCAAGACGCUCAGUUUAGAUUGCUUUUCCCAUACGUCAAGAGAGUGGAAGCACUGGUCUUGGUAUUUAGAGCCACCUGGAGCCCUAAUGACCAGCAAGAGUUCCCUGGACGAGCUUAUGUCACAACAAGGAACAUCUAUUUUUACAGUCAUCAUUUCGGACUGGUUUUGACUACCGGUGUGUCUUUGGAGAGCAUUAAGGAAGUAACUGCAGCUCCUGGGCGAGACUGUGAUUUCCUUUUCCUUCAUACUAUUCCACCCCUCGGCAGUGAUAUUUCUGGUCGGGUUACGAUUAAAACUUUCCUUGAACCUCUCCGACUUCUUCAAAAACGGCUCAACUUCUUGAUCCAAGGCUCCAUUGCCGUCGAGCAAUUGACUUUGGAAUCUUUGAUCAAAGCACUGAUCAAGAUGGACACUGGGUCUCCAGCCCGAACUUCCAGCGCAGAUAGCUGGGAAGAUCUCUCGUCUGGACUUGCAGACAUCAAACACGACGGGGGCAAGGUUACAGACCCGGGUGAUGCAAAGGACAUUCGACUCCCUAUUUACAUCGACAAAGAUCUCGGGCUGGAUGGAGGCAGGACUGGCCGUGGUCGGGAUAUUGCUAAAUUCAGACUCCCAACCCAACCCGUGGAGUAUGUUCCACAAGGUGAUCUUGUUUUGGUGACCGAAAAGAUUCUCGAUAUAAGCCCUAAAGCUUUGUUCCACAUAUUAUUUGGCGACAAAAGCGCCGUGUGGCAGCUUCUUUUACAUGAGAGGCAAGCUCGAGACAUCAAACAAGGCCCAUGGGCUAGUACAGAAUUGCGGCAUCUGAAGCGUGACUUCCACUACAAUAUCGAUACGACAGACAUCCUUGGUCGUACCCACGAAAAUGCGAUCUCGGAUUAUCAGAUCAUCGAUGUUCUCAACGACCACCUGUGCUACGUGAUCACAGAUAAAAAGACCCCGUGGCAUCUCCCCUUCCGACGUUCGUUCCGGUUGGUUAGCAAGGUUGUCAUUACAUUCCAGGCCAAGUCGAAGAGUAAGCUUGCUAUUUAUACGAAAGUCGAGUGGCUGUGGUCUCCCUAUGGCCUUAAAAACGUGAUCGACAAAAAAGCAAGUGAUGAUCUAGAACAAGACUCCUUAGAUCUUGUCGACCUAGUCAGUGAUCAAGUACGCCGAUUGGGUGCACACAGUCGUACCAAAAAAGCUAUCACAAUCUUCGGCCACGUUGGACGCCAAAGUCAAGUCUCCCAAUUUGGUGGCGCUGGUUCCAACCUGAAGCUGGGACCCCGCAAGCCUCGAACGCAGCGUGCCAUGCACGAGCUUCUUCUCGAGACCUUCUUGUCAUUCCUCGAAACGAGUGUUUCCUUCCUAAUGAUGUGGGCCUUUGAUGUAGUUCGCUGGUCUUGGAAGACCGUGAGUGUACACAAGAUCAUCUUGACCAUGUUGGCCACAAGUGCAAUUCUAAACGGAUACUAUUCUUCGCGGGAUAGUUGGGACUGGUGGCACGAGAGACAUGCGGGAAACUUCAUGGCACGACUGGGUGUACAGCCAAACCUCGUUAUGAGCAAAUCUAUCUACAUGCGGGAUAUUGAUGACGCGGUUGCCAACUCCACAGUCUGGCCCGGUACCGGCAAUGCCAGCGAUUGCUUCGCCACCUUCCACGAGCAGACCACGCGGUAUUCCGAAAUGCCUCUGUCGCUCAGUCCCUCGGGACCCCGGGAUGCAUUGACCAAGAGUGCCAUCAAACGCUUCCAGCAAACCCGUGAGCGUCUUGGCAUGUACCGACACAACCUUCUUGUCGCAUUGCGUGUCGUGAACAGCAUCGAGAAAGAGGUCAUUCAGACCGAGUGGGAACGUUGGCUCCGCGAGGAGGUCCGGCGCUGUCGCCAGGUCGAGGUUCUCCUUGGCGGAGAGGCCACCCAGGGCGACGACUCGCAGCCGAACCGAACGGCCAGAGCUGAGCGUGUCUUUGCCGAGCAUGCAGACAACGUCAAGCAGUGGUAUGAGGAGUAUUGCUCGAGUUGCCGAAUGGAGCAAGAACAGGUCAUAUCCAAUGACCGCGGUGACCUAAUUCCUUGA